AACUUUUUGUUCCAAAAUUUUAUAUUAAGUGAUGCGUACAGAAUUGAAACCCAUUUACUUUACUACAGGGUUUUUAGGGACCUUGUUGAGCUCUUGAGGUCCCUUUGUUUGAUGAACAUGGUGAGAAUGCCCUAUGCCCAGGGGUAGACCGGCCAUUUGGGCAUUGCCCGAGGGCCCGGGGUCACUAAGAAGCAAUAUGUAGGUGGGGUGUUGUCUGGGUGUGGCUUUGGCUUGAGUGUAGGCGGAGACACAGGGGGCCCUAUUAUCUCUUAUUGCCCAGGGGCCCCAUGAGUUGUCAGUCCUCCCCUGCCUAUG